UAUACAGGGUGUGUAUGCACGCUCAUUGACAGAUUGACAGAUUUUGUUUGCCAUUAGCUCUAGCGAAGUCCUUUUGAUGUCACGGAACUCAUGAUAACUUGCGUUGGACUUGAGACGAAGUCGGCCGUGGUUCGACAUCCUUUCCAAGCGCGUAGGGCGACAGGCGUCUUCGGUCCAGUGUUGUCAGAAAGAAAUCGGCGAGUGCCGCACUGCAUUCCCCGCGUUGAGCUACUACGCCUCGGCUCCGGUUUGAGCCGAUGCAUCGCCACCGAUACCGGAAAGGAGUUCGUGGGCGUUGCCGUUGUCAGUGGAGCGAGUAGAGGCAUUGGCAGAGGCAUAGCUACAAAAUUGGUCCAAAAGCAGUAUCAGGUGGCAUGUAGGUAUCCGUUUUCUUUUUUGAAAAAAUGCGGAUACUCACUAGUUUGUAUAUUUGGCCGUCUUGCGACGGCUAGUGAUGAGCCGGUCGGACAGAUGUGUGAAGACGUGUCACGAACUGCGAUCCGCGCUUCCAAUUGCAGAAGGACAGGUUGUCCCCUUUCAGUGCGACGUGUCCUCUGAGGAUCAGGUGCAUGAGACGGUCCGAAGCAUCGUCUCCCAUUUUGGAAAGAUCGACGCGUUGGUCAACGCCGCGGGCGUGUCUAUCGACCGGUUGGUGCUCAAAACCACCAAGGCGGAUUUGCUAGAAAUUUUUGGCACAAAUACAUUUGGAAGUUUGUAUAUGGCGAAGGCUGCUUCUCGUUACAUGAUAAAGGAAAAGAAGGGUAGCAUCGUUUUUAUAGGGAGUAUAGUGGGCGUGACAGGAGGGGUAGGACAGAUCGCCUACGCCUCUUCCAAGUCCGCUCUCAUUGGUGCCACGAAGACCUUGUCUCUGGAAUUGGCUCAGUAUGGAAUCCGUACCAAUCUGGUUUCUCUGGGGUUCGUGCACACUGACAUGACGGCCCACGUUCCGGAAUUUACGAAAGAGAAAUACAGAAUGCAAACGCCCGGUCAGAGGUUCAGCACCGUGGAAGAGGCUAGCCAAGUUGUGUUGAAGGUGCUAGAAGACCGUGAGAUGAACGGACGACACGUCUUGGUCAAUGGCGACCUGGUCUCUUUCUUGUAAAAAGAAUAGGUUGCUCGCAACAAAUCUAAAAGAGCGAUAACAAUACGAUUUGUAGGACGUGCGUGCAUGAUAAAAACAUACGUCUUCUACAAAGUUGCCAUUCGAAUGACAGAAAAAAAAAGCGCGAUGACUUGUUACCAGGUUUUUUAGCAUGCCGGAUGCAAAUAUUGUUUCGCGCUCAAACUGAAGCGCAAGAGCUCGGAUUUAGGUGCGCAUACAUCUGGCAGAGAAGCGACCUCUU